AUGCCAGUGAGAGCCUUAGGACACCUAGAGUGUGGUGGACAGGAAAAGAUUUUGAAAGAACUAGGGAGUCAGGAAUUUUUCAAACACCAGGAGGAUUUGGUUCUUGGUUGCAAACCACUGAAACCAACUCUGACUACUUUGAGAAAAGAAGUUAUUGAAGAGGAGGAUUCAGAAUUAAAGGAUAAUUUAAUAUUAAGAACAACCUGGGUCAGUGAAAUAUUGGAUUUGAUCUAUAAUAAUGGGAAUGUGGAGAAAUGUAAGCAGGACGCAAUAUACAAACGAGUGCCAUUCAUGGAAUUGAUUAUUCCUGGACUCCAAAAUGGUGUGGAGGAGUUGAAAAAAAUGCAGCCUCCUUGAUUAGUGAAAACACACCUACCUGUUCAACUUCUCCCUUCUUCAUUUUGGAAAAAUAACUGCAAUAUGGUCUAUGUGGCACGAAAUGCUAAGGAUGUGGCUGUGUUUUACUAUUACUUCUCCCAGAUGGCAAAAUUACACCCAGAGCCUGGCACCUGGGAGGGGUUGCUGGAUAAACUCAUGACUGGGAAGGUGGCUUAUGGUUCUUGGUAUGACCAUGUGAAGGGCUGGCGGGAGAAGAGGAAUGAUUAUCAUAUCCUUUACCUAUUCUAUGAAGACAUGAAAGAGGAUCCAAAGCAUGAAAUUCAGAAGUUGUUAAAGUUUCUAGACAAAGAUCUGUCAGAAGAAACUGUGGAUAAAAUCCUCUAUCAUAGCUCUUUCAAUGUGAUGGAGCAGAAUCGUACAAAUUAUAUCACUGUACCAGAUUUUGAUAUGGAUCAUUCUGUAUCUCCCUUCAUGAGAAAGGGUAUUUCAGGAGAUUAGAAAAACCAGUACAAUGUAGCCCAGUAUGAAAGAUUUGAAAAAGAUUAUGAAAAGAAAAUGAAAGGGUCUACACUGCGGUUUUAUUCAGAGAUUUAA